UAAGCUAAGCAGUAAGCUAUCUUCUUCCUCAACAUACUGUGAGAUACCCACACAGAUAGAGUUGCAUAACUUGAUUUUGAACUCCAACAACAGGGCAUUCAUGGCUUCAGUUAGCAUGGCAGCUUCUUUCCUCGGUGGCGCCGCCACUCUUUCUCCUGCAGCUGCUUCUCAAAGGAGGCUUGUCAUCACCAACAGUGUUAAACCCAACACAGUGAAGCUCAGCUCUGAGACCAAUCAAGAGAGCAGCAACAAUGGAAGGAGAGAGAUGAUGUUUGCUGUCGCAGCUGCUGCCAUUUCUUCUGUUGCCGGAGUUGCAAUGGCCGAUGAGCCCAAACGUGGUACCCCAGAAGCUAAGAAGAGCUACGGUCCUGUUUGCGUUGCCAACCCAACUGCUAGGAUCUGUAAUUACUGAUAAUCAUGCACUUUCUUAUCACUCUUCUGCAUUUCAAUUUCAAUUUCAAUUUCAUGAUUAUGAUUAUGAUUAUUAUGUUAUUUAAUCUUCAAUUGAGAAUUGAGAACUCUGCUUAAUUAUAUGAAUCUUAUUAAUUAAUCAAUUAAAGUUAAUUUAGUACUCCA